CCUUAACCCACUGAGAGAGGCCGGGGAUCAAACCCAAAACCUCAUGGUUCCUAGUCAGAUUCGUUUCCACUGUGCCAUGAUGGGAACUCCCCAUUUGUGGUUUUGAGGUUCUGAAUUUUGGGGUGGUUCAUUGGGCAACAAGAGAGCAAUUAGAAGAGCACAAUCAUGGAUCAUCACUGAGUGGAUGUCCAUGAUGAGCUGAGUGGAUGUCAACUUUCACUCUCUUGUGGUGGCCAGGGACCCCUCCUGCUUGCCACCCCCUUGGGGGGACUGGGGGAGAGGGUUUGCUCGCUCUGCACUCCAUACCUCGGGAACAUUAUUGUGCAUGGAACAGCUGCUCUGAAAGACUAUUGCCCAGAAGAUGUUUGGUUUUCAUAAGCCAAAGAUGUACCGAAGCAUAGAGGGCUGCUGUAUUUGCAGAGCCAAAUCCUCUAGUUCUUUAUUCACUGACAGUAAACACUCUGAAAAGGACUUCCAGAGUUGUUUUGGGUUACAUAAGACUUGUUCAGGAGACAUCUGUAUUGUCUGUGUCCUGCUUGUGAAAAGAUAGAAGAAGUUGCCAGCAGGAUCAAGACAAAAAACAAACAGAAACUGGAAUUGCGUGGUAGAUGCAAGGGCAGGACCUAGUCUAAAGAAAACACUGAAACUAAGGAGAGUGAAAACCCUGUCUGGAAACAGCAUAAAAAGCAACCAGAUCAGUAAACUACAAAAGGAAUUUAAACAUCACAAUACUGAUGCUCAUGGUACCACCUCAAGUGCCUCUUCAGCUCAAUCUUCUUGUUGGAGUAACCAGUCAGAUGAUGGCUCAGAUACAGAGGUGGCUUCUGGCUUUAGAUCUCACCUAUUGGAAACACAGAAAAUAUAUUGUGUCAUUAUCUAUAAAGGCUGUUUUGAGGAAGUCCUCCACACACAUCUAGUCAAGCCUUGCUGCAGCAAUAAGAAAGCAGCAGCUGGGACUGCUGAGAAGCUGGAGGGGCAGGGCCCAGAGCCUCUGCCCAUCUCUGCUCAGGCGUGGUGACUGAGGUUUACGUAGAAGGGGAACAAAAAAACGAUUUGAAUUUUGGAAUACAAAGCAAAAAAACGACCUCCUAUUUUUAACUUUGAUACCUGCUAUUCUGCCAAAAGAUGAUUUCUAGAAUAGUUUUGAGUGUUAUUUUUUUCUCCAGUUCCACAAACUUUGAAGCCAGUGUCUAGCUUACUACAAGAAAAAAAGAAAAAAAAAGAAAAAAAAAAAGGAGUGUACAUAAUAUUGAGGAUUCUGAGUAUUUCAUAGGAAAGCUGAAUGCUGCUGUAACAUGCUCUUUAAUUUUUUCUUUUUAGGGCCACACCCUCGGCAUAAGAAGUUCCCAGGCUAGGGAUCCAAUCAGAACUACAGCGGUUGGCCUA